AUGCUCUUUCGACAUGGUCUAGGCUUGCUCGCCCUCGUCACCUCUGACGUGCUGGCUGCGAAUUUCCAUGGAAGGCAUCACAACCACAUCCAUGCCACCUACGAAAAACGGCAAUCGUCCAAUACCACAGAGGAAUAUGAAUAUGUCAUUGUCGGAUCUGGCCCCGGCGGGGGCCCUCUCGCAUCUAGGCUUGCUCUUGCAGGGCAUAAAGUCCUUCUGAUCGAAGCUGGCGAUGACCAAGGCGAUUCCACAGUUUAUCAAACCCCAGCUCUUCAUCUGCAAUCGAGUGAAUAUCAAGAAAUGCGCUGGGACUAUUGGGUUAACCAUUACUCUGAUCUCGAACGCCAAGAGAAAGAUUCCAAAUUUACUUAUGGGAAACCCGAUGGCCAAUUCCAUGUCGGAGCAGCUGCACCCGCAGAUGCCAAACCUUUGGGAAUUAUAUAUCCAAGAGCAGGAACGCUCGGAGGCUGCGCCUCCCAUAACGCUUUGAUCAGUGUUUAUCCUCAUAGGAGUGAUUGGCAUAACAUCCAAACCAUCACUGGUGAUGCAUCCUGGGCUCCGGAUAAAAUGCGCAAAUUUUUUGAGCGUCUAGAGCGGUCGCGAUAUUUGCCUAAUGGUAUUGUCGGUCAUGGUUUCGAAGGUUGGUUCGAAACUAGCCUGACAAACUUGGGCAUCGUUGUGCAGGACCUCAAACUCGUCUCCCUGGUCGUUGCUAUUGGCACUGCCAUGGGAAAAGGUGUCGGCAGGCUGAUCUCAACUGUAGCUGGCUUAGGAGAGGCUUUGCUUUCUGAUCUUAACUCCGGUAGUCCGCUUCGUGACUCCACUGAGGCCGUAUACCAGGUUCCUAUCGCUGUCAAUACUCAUGGGUAUAGACGAAACGGCCCUCGUGAAUUCAUCCUCCAGACCGCCAAUGCGGUCAAUGAAGAUGGCGCGCGAAAAUACCACCUGGAUAUUGCCCUCAAUACACUUGUAACCAAUGUUCGAUUCGACACAUCUGGUCCUGUCCCGAAGGCCGUUGGUGUAGAUUUCCUAAAGGGCCAAAGUCUCUAUUCAGCCGAUCCUCGUGCUUCGGAUUCCCGGAAGGGAACCCCAGGCAGUGUCACUGCAACUAAAGAAGUGAUUCUCUCCGCCGGAGCAUUUAAUACCCCUCAACUGCUCAAACUGAGCGGUAUCGGUCCCAAGGAUGAGCUAGAGAAAUUCGAUAUCCCGGUCCUUGUCGACCUUCCCGGAGUUGGCCAGAACCUCCAGGAUCGCUACGAGAUAGGUCUUGUGGCAGAGACCGAGACUGAUUUCUCCAUCACUUCCAAAUGUACCUUCUUAACCACGGACCCAGACCCAUGCCUUGAACAGUACCGGCAUGGCGAAUCUGCUGUUGGAAAGGGAACCUACACCACCAACGGCCUCGCCAUCGCAAUUAUCAAACGCUCUUCCGUCGCCAGUGGCGAUCCCGAUCUCUUCAUCACUGGCGCCCCAGCCUACUUCGACGGCUACUUUCCCGGCUACUCCGUUAAGGCACUUGCUGAUGCUCGUCACUGGACUUGGAUUACGCUCAAAGCACACACUCGUAAUAACGCGGGAACCGUCAAGCUACGCUCCAAGGAUCCCCGCGAUAUGCCCGAGAUUAACUUUAAUUCGUUCGACGCUGGCGUCACCACUGAUGGCGCAGAUGAGAAGGAUCUCCAGGCCGUUGUCGAAGCAGUGCAGUUUUCGCGCGAGAUCUUCAAGAGCGUAGUACCCAUCGAAGGCAGCUUCAAGGAAGUUUGGCCUGGCCCCGAGCGAGCCAACGACACCGAGAGCCUCAAGGAUUUUAUCAAGAAGGAGGCGUGGGGUCACCAUGCGUCCUGCACAUGUCCAAUUGGCGCUGACAAUGACCCAAUGGCUGUACUGGAUUCCAAUUUCCGCGUGCGUGGCGUUGAGGGCCUGCGCGUUGUUGAUGCCUCUGUCUUCCCUAAGAUUCCCGGCUUCUACAUUGCCGUUCCUAUCUAUAUGAUCAGCGAGAAAGCUUCGGAUGUCAUUCUCCAGGCUGCGAAAGGAGUUUAA